AUGUCAACAAGUGAACUUUUACAGCAGCUGGAAACAUGUGCGCAGAUGAUCAUGGCAUCGCCGGAUCAGGUCUCUGCGAGCGACCGCAACAGCGCACAGGAGGUUUUCCUCAACUUCCAGAAGACCAAAAAUCCAUUUGAUCUUUGCCGUGAUAUUCUUGAAAAUUCCUCAAAUCAGUUUGUCCUCUUUCAGGCCGGAUGCUGCCUGAAGAAUGGUGUCAUUCGAGACUGGGGCCAGCUGAGCGAGGUUCAGGCGCGUUCACUCUUUUCCUACCUGUUUGAGUUUGUCAAUCGUCGUCCAGUGGAGCAGUUUGUCAUCGAAGAGCUGAUGCUCGUGGGGGCGAUCAUUCUCAAGCGAAUUCUAAUCAACGAUACGACCAAGGAGCAGGAUAAGGUGUUGAUUGUGCAACUGUGCGAUAUAGUGAAAAACCAGAACUCGCCACUUCAAAUGCGUCUUAAUGCGUGCACAGCAAUCAGCCUGAUUCUGGCCGAAUUUUGCACUAUCAACCAAAACUCCGAUUACGGCAUCUCAUGGUACACUCACUUAAUUGCAAAGCGACACUUUGAAAAGCUUCGCCUCAAAGACAUCUUCCAAACGGUGAUGGCAGUUCUCUUUGACCACUUGAAAAUUCCCGCAGAGAAUCAUCGCUCCCCGGACUGGAUCAAGUUGAGCACCAAACUGAUUCGCAUCUGUGACACUGUUCUUUCAUGGAAUUUCAACUUUAUGCUCGAAACGUUUACCAUCAUUUCAGCGCAAUACGCUCGCAAUCGUGAUCGACUGGAGAGCCUGGUCUUUCAGCCACCCUCUGACUGGAUCGAGUUCAUUAUCGACGGCAAUCUCAUAUCGUUCUUCUUUGAGGUGUACAUUGCCUUUCGCAAAAUUGAGGACGCCAACCUGGUCCAUCAGGUGCUGCAGUGCCUGAAUCAGCUCAGCACCAUGACCGGCCCGUUGCUCUACCUGCAGCGUGACGUCCGCAAAAAGUUCACUGAAAUGUUCAUGGUGAACACGAUCACCCUGACCAAUGCCAUCUUUGACGUGGUGUCCAUCCACGAGGUAGUCUUUCUAGCCAACUUUAUCAACUCCAUUUGCAAUCACCUGCGCAGCAACUCCUCUCUCCAGUACGUCGACUUUAACCUCGCUCGACAGUUCUUCGGCGUGAUGGCCAAGCUGUCCUGCAAGGUCAUCAUGGACAAUGUGGGCGCGCGCACCUCGGGCGACGAGGAGAGCUACGAGAAGAGCAACCAGUCGGUGGACUACCUGGUCACCUCGUGGAUGGUGGUCAUAAAC